AUGGCGGCCGUCGACACUCCACGGUCUGCUGAUCUCGUGCGCACUGCCUCGCAGACUUCAACCCUCUCGAACCCUAGAAACCGCAGCAUACAACGCGUACGGCCGAGCAAGCGUGCUUCAAAUACAUCCCUGAGCCGCAGCCGAAGCAGACACCCUUCUCCACCUGAGGAUACGAAGAGCCUGACAUCGUUUCCCUCGCUAUCACCGAGUCCAGAGCCAUCCCCAGUGCAGUCGCGCAUAAAUGGCUGGUUUCGCGCAACUAGCGUUGUCGUAGAUGAGGUUGCCAAAAUCGGAGAAAACGCGACUGUAGCGUCGCCAGAUACUGUGAAGGCUGUCCCGCCACCGGAUGCUGGGAAGAGCCCACUUCCUGCGGCCACAGUGAGGAAGGUGACAAAGUCAACACAGCAGAUCGUAGGCAGUUUGAUGGGUGCACCCGCAGCCAGGGACCGCUCGGCGCUCUUUGACGACACACCGGCCGAGCCCUCAAAGGUCCCCGGCAAUUUACACUUCUCUACCGACCACAACAUCAAGGAUGCAAUUGACCAGGCGGGUGCUGUUGCCUUGGUUAAGCAGCUGGCUGGUGACUUGGCCCAGCGAGAUGCACAGAUCACUGCUCUACGACGAAGGGCAGAGGAGCGCGAGAGAAUCCUAAAGAGGAUGCUGCAGGAAUGCGAGGUGUCGAACAUGGACAUCGAAAAUCGACUACGCGAUCUUGAGAAAAACAGGGAGCAACCAAACGGCCUCACCAAGCAAAGGACACGGGGCGAUAGUGCGCUCUCUGGACUACAUCCAGAUGAUCCUAUGGAAGAUAGACUGGCGCGGGCUAUGGAAGACGAAGUCGCACAGCACCCUGACGCUUUGGGUAUCGAUACUGGACUUUCAGUGCCAUCUGCUGAGGCAGGGUCCAUCUACUCGGUUGCUUCGGACGCACCACGCGAGACAGGACGGCCUGGCUGGAAGAACUACAUCUUCAACGGGACGAGCAGGAAGAGCAGCAGAGCCCCAUCUGUCGCAAGCAUGGUUGACAGAGAAGCGUCAAGCCUUUCAGGACAAACACGAUCCCGAGGAAACAGUGGAGCCAAGGCUCCUCGAAAAGCCCUUGUGAAUGAUCUCUUCGUACCACCUGGCACUGAUAAGACAGGCAGUGCAGUCCCUGCACUACGCCGACUGCAGAGUCAUGACCAUUCUGCUGAAAACUCAAGUCGCCGAUCCUCGUCAGUGUCUAUUGCCAGCUGGGCGCUCAAAAUGGUAGCUGGCAACACCCAAUCGAGUACCACCAAGGCUAGCACUGUCAGGGGCCGUAAGCGCACAGAUUCAGAUGCGGCGGAUCGCACAUCAUCUGUGGUCUCGGCAAGGACAACUCAGUCUGCAAAGUCUUCUCUAGCAAACGUCCAGAAGCGUCAGAACCUAGGCCCCAAUGGAACGAUCAAGAGCGUUGUAGGAGACACACCCAAAAUCGGCACCAGCAUUGCGAGUCCGCAGCCUUCCCGUGGAAUGAGCAACCUCGGACCAGUUGAAAUGGAUCGUAUCCUACCAGAAGAAUCACGACCACCCACCCUGGUCCAGCAUCACAACAGGUUCGUUGGCAGCAGCGAAUAUUUGACCGACAGGUUUGGAUUUAUCUACGAUCAGCGUCGAAAGAAGAGACAGAGUGAGGCUGCUGCUGCAUUAACCCAGCACAAGCGAAACAACAACGUUGAGUCACUUGGCGGUGGCAGGUCUGUUGUAAACCUGAUGGGACUCGACGAAGAGAAUGAAGACCCUACAUCCGCAGCGAGCGGCGACCCUUCACGACCCUAUAGUUCAGGCUCGGAUGACCUGAGCAACAAACCUGUGUCCAAGUCAUGGGUCGACUAUCUCAAACUUGCAACACAGCCAACCGAGCUUCUCUCGCACACGCCAUCAGCAGCACCCAUCACGACAGUGACCGUAGAGUCGGCAGAGGCCGAGCUAUCAGUCCCAAAGAGUCAGAUCACAAUGACCAAGCGUGGAUCCCUACCAUCGUCGAGUGCCAACCCAGAUCCUGCGCCAACCCGCAUAUCUUCAAACCAUGCCGAGCUCUCUGUUACUACACCUUCUGCGCCUACAACACCCAUCAGCCCAUAUCCACCCACUCAAGCUGACCCUGUAAAGUCGCUUCUUGAUCAGAUGAGCGAACUGCACGACAACAUCCAGAAGGACCGUACUCAAAUCUGGAAUGAGUUCCACAAGAAGGCCCGCGCACAGCAGAAACGUGAGGGUGAUGCUGCCGCCGACAGUGGCUCGAAAGCUAUGCCAGAGACUCUCCUCACCGAUGGCGAAAUCAUCGGCAUUGCCAGCCUGGGCAACAAGGGCAAAGUCGGCCGCGCCAAAUGGCAAGAAUUUCGUCGUCUUGUUCUUGGUGGCAUACCCGUCAGCUAUCGAGCUAAGAUCUGGGCGGAGUGCAGUGGUGCCUCUAGCCUCCGCAUACCAGGCUAUUAUGAGGAUCUUGUCAACAACGGCGAAACCGAUCCUGCCAUUGCAACACAGAUCGAGAUGGACAUCACACGCACACUCACUGAUAACAUCUUCUUCCGCACGGGACCCGGCGUGCAGAAGCUCAACCAGGUUCUGCUCGCAUACUCACGCCGUAACCCAGAAGUAGGGUAUUGUCAGGGCAUGAAUCUAAUUACGGCCUGUCUCCUGCUCAUCAUGCCUACCGCUGAGGAUGCUUUCUGGGUCUUGGCUACUAUGAUUGAGAACAUCCUGCCUCAAAACUACUACGACCAGAACCUGCUUACCUCCCGCGCUGAUCAGACGGUGUUGCGCUCCUACGUUGUCGAGAUUCUUCCCAAGCUUUCUGCACAUCUCGAUAUGCUGGAGAUUGAGCUCGAGGCUUUGACCUUUCAGUGGUUCUUGUCCGUCUUCACCGACUGUCUCUCAGCCGAAGCACUCUUCCGAGUCUGGGAUGUUGUAUUGUGUAUGCAUGACGGUUCAACGUUCCUCUUCCAGAUCGCCCUAGCUCUGCUCAAGCUCAACGAGAAGGCGCUUUUGCAGUGCGACACCCCGGCUGGGGUGUACCAUUAUAUUAACCACCAAAUGACGAACCACGCCAUCUCCAUCGACGGUCUGAUUCAGGCAUCUGACGCUCUUGGUCGCUUCAUAAAGCGUAAGGACGUCGAAGAGCGACGUGCGCGUGCUGUGGCUCAAGAACAAGAGCUUAUGCGGCAACGCGAGGAAGCACGACUUGAGCGUGCCAGAAAGAGGGCGAGCAAAGCGUCAGCUACUACGGAAGAGCCCUCAUCUCCGAUAACGCAAGAAGACACCAAGUCCAUCUCUGCCAGUCUUGAUGCAGAGCUAUCGAUGCAGACGAGUCCUAUGCGGACACCGCUGUCUGGACAUAGCCAGCGAAGUGAAGAAGAGGAAGAUGCUGAGCGACUGAACAGCGAGCUCGAGCUUACAGGCCGCACGCCAAUGCCCAUGGAGGAGGAAUUUUUAUGGCGAGCGUAG